AUGGCGGCCGGCAGCGAGUUUCAACCGAUCGGACUUGCAUGGUGCAAGAAAGACGAUGUACGUCCCUCCCAUUCCCUUCUGCUAGUUUCAAAUCCCAUCGCUAUCUCAACUGACUCCAUAUUGGUUGCACUCUGUGAUGUCAUCCAACAUCUAACUGGUGUCUCCCGACGCGAAGAAUCGGGUAAGACUCUCCUUCUUCUUGAGUUUGACCAAAAUACGUCAGAUGUGGUUCUUCCGCCAAGUGGUGAAUUGAAGGUGACAUUGUCUGGGCGAGAAGUUGUGUUUGCUGUUCAUCGACUUACCAGAGUUCGAAGUGACAAAGUCACAGUAGCAGACCUCAAGGCCAGGGGUUUGCUGUCGUCUACUGAUAAGGAUGAGAGUGCACAGCCUGCAGGAGUGGAAGGACCCACUGUGGCAUUACAAGCAGCUCUCUCCAAGUGCAAGAUAGCUAGUUCAAGGAGACUUGCUCCAUUUUCAGGUGUUGCUACAGGGGAAACCUUUGAUGCUUGGGUGGAAGUGGCACAGGGACAAUUGGAUGAAGAGGAUGAGGAGGCUGAGAAGAAGAGGCGUAUCCGGGAGGCCCUCCGGGCCCCUGCGGCCAACAUCAUCACAGACCUGAGGCGUGAAAAUCCCCAAGCCACAUCAGAGGAUUAUCUCCAGGCACUUGAGCUAGCAUUUGGAGACACUCACACUGCAGAUGAGUUGAGUAUCAAGUUCCAUUCUCUCCAUCAGAAGCAGGGAGAGAAACCCUCCGAGUUUCUGACACGUUUGCAGGGCAUCCUUCGGAAACUUACACGAAAAGGUGGUGCCCCGGCUGACAAGACAAAUAAAAUGCUACUUACCCAGUUCAUGAAGGGGACACUGUACAACGAGAUGCUCUUGGUUAAUCUUCAGCUGAAAGACAAGAUUGAGACUCCACCUACUUACCUGGCACUACUCAAGAUGGUCCGACGAGAGGAGGCUGAGCAGGCAGAAAAGGUGUCCCGGCGAGAGCCUAAGCCGGUGCCUCAGCCUAUCAAGACGGCCAAGCAUGGAAAACUGAGUCAGGGAGAGUCGAAAAGAACAAACACCAAAGAAUCAACGCACCAACGCCCAAAUUUCUGCUUUAAGUGUGGCCAGGACGGUCACUAUCGCACCAGAUGUGAUAACCAACCUGACCCAGAGAAAGUGAACGAGAGGUUUGUUAGCUUCUACCUGCAGGGAAACGAACGGGGGCGUCAGAAGAAGGCCGAUUCGGCGCCCAAAAAUUGA